GAGGAGUGUGGGGUUGGGAGCACUGGAGAAUUGGGGGUGCAGAAGCGGCUUCAGGGCCUCGCUGUGUGCCUUGGCCUUUUGGAGCUGGUAUAGCUAUUUUAUUUCAGGCGACAAAAAUCUCUGCCGCCUUUGUGUGGAUCCCUUUGCACGCCACUGCUGGGCAACUUUCAUAGCAGUAGUAGGGUCACAGGGGGCUGUGUGUGCCGAGUGGGUUGGCUUAAAAACAGCCAGCAGAGCGCCUUUAUGGAUGUCUGAGUUUUGUUUUUGGCAUUAGUGGUUGAAGUGGAGAACUGUGAUCAGAAACUGUUGUAGAUCAGGCCAGCAGAGCAUGAAGAAAGAAAUAAUAGUUCAUAGGGAACUGUUAGUUAAAGGGAAAUGCUUCAGGGUGACCACAUUUGUCAGCUGUUGUGUGUCUGGAAGGUCUUAUCAAACUUUUCUUCAUAGGUGCGGUGAACAAGCUUACAAAACACUCUGUACUAAGGGAAAUAAGAAAUAUUUCAAACGCAGUGAGUUAGCUAAAAAAGAAGAGGAGGCCUACUUUCAGAGAUGUGGCUACAAGGUGCAGCAACAAGAGGAGGAGGAGAAGCCACUGACUUCAUCAAAUCCAGUGCUGGAACUUGAACUGGCAGAGGAAAAGUUACCAAUGACCCUUUCUAGACAGGAGGUUAUCAGGAGGUUACGAGAGAGGGGUGAGCCCAUCAGGCUGUUCGGAGAAACGGAUUAUGAUGCGUUUCAGCGUUUGCGGAAGAUAGAAAUUCUUGCACCUGAGGUCAACAAGGGCCUGAGAAAUGAUCUGAAGGCUGCCUUGGAUAAGAUCGACCAGCAGUAUCUGAACGAAAUUGUAGGUGGCCAAGAAGCAGGAGAUGAUGAUUCACAGAAUGACUUGAAAGUCCAUGAGGAGAAUACUACUAUUGAAGAACUGGAGGCUUUGGGAGAGUCCUUAGGACGGGGUGAUGAUCACUAUGAUAUGGACAUCAUAACCAAGUUCUUGAAGUUUCUCCUGGGCGUUUGGGCGAAGGAGCUGAACGCCAGAGAAGACUACGUGAAGCGGGGAGUGCAGGGGAAGCUGAACAGCGCCACCCAAAAGCAGACAGAAUCCUACCUGAGGCCACUCUUCAGGAAACUUCGGAAAAGGACACUUCCUGCAGACAUCAAAGAAUCAAUAACAGAUAUUAUUAAAUUCAUGCUGCAAAGAGAAUAUGUGAAGGCAAACGAUGCCUAUCUUCAGAUGGCGAUCGGAAACGCUCCCUGGCCUAUCGGUGUCACCAUGGUCGGCAUCCACGCUCGAACGGGUCGUGAAAAGAUCUUCUCCAAGCACGUAGCCCACGUUCUCAACGAUGAAACUCAAAGGAAGUAUAUACAGGGGCUGAAGAGGCUCAUGACCAUUUGCCAGAAGCACUUCCCAACAGACCCGUCGAAAUGUGUGGAGUACAACGCUUUAUGAGGCUCUGCAGGGUCCAAGGCCUGGCUCAUGUUUUGAUCUCCCAAGACCCAGAGAGGAUGAAGAGACAGAAUUUGUGUUUUAACACCGACAGGAACCUGGGGUGGGCUUUGCAGAAAAGCACAAAGCGGCAAUUUUUCUACAGCUUCCUUUUUUACAAGCCCCAUUUAUUUAGAUUUGUUUUUAAAUCUGUGCUUUAUGCCGAACGCGUCCAAUAUAGAGCAGAAGGGAGGGUUUUUUUGAAAGGGGUAUGACCAGGACGAUGACCAGGGGACAAUGAACACCACCCUUUUAUUUCAGUUUGUUAUUUGGGGAACUAUAGAGACCGAACUGUUUCCCUUAUCUUAGAGUUUUAGGUGAGACUCAGCCCCGCAAGGAGCAUCUGUGGAGCUUUUUUGGCUGCUUUCCCAUUGGAGACUGAUGUGGGGAGAUGAUUAGAGGGAAGCAGUUGAAUUUGAAUCUUGGUUAUUUCUGUAAAUAUGAAGACUUUAAUGGCUAAUCUUUCAUGUGGUAUUUAUCAGGAGGAAAAAAAAAAAAGAAAAGAAAAAGGUUUAUAUAUUUCUCAGUUGAAAAAUACAGCCAGCCUCGGUGCAAAGAGGUUUUGAUCUUGAA